AUGCCUGAACAAAUACUUGAGAAUGCGUCGGUGGCAGUCGCCGUGGAUGCCCGUCCUGCAUGGCUUGAUCAAGUCGAAGCUAUUGACCGCCAGAUCUUAGCCGCGAAGACACAUCGUAAUACCCUCGUCCCCAUCUCAAAACUGCCACCAGAGAUACUAGGCGACAUCUUUGAAUACCAGGCUCACGGCAUAUUCCCCUGGAUAUACUCGGACAGCGUGUUGUCUACGUCGGCAGUUCUCUGGCCCGCCAUUAUGCUCGUUUGCAAGUACUGGAGAGAUGUCGCAAUCAACCAUCAUGCUCUGUGGACCUCGUUGACUGAGAAGAAUAUUCAACGAUGGCCACUAUUUAUGGAGCGCUCUCAUUCACGACAUGUUGACAUCCACUCAGACAGUGACAAGGAGGGUAUAGCUACGCCCCUUUUCGCUGCUCUCGCUCAGCUACAUCGAGUGCGAUCAAUAGACCUUCGGAUAAAAAAUACAGAAAUGGAGCAGAUAGUCCCUUUGCUGAAUGUUGCCGCGCCAAACCUUCAAACCCUUUACCUGGAGGCGACGUAUGAAAACCGUUGGUAUGUCGGCGAGGUCAACCCGGGGCGCUGGAUCACUUCCCUACGAAAGGAUUUUGUGUCAGAACUUGCGCAGAACCUGCGAAGUAUCUGGUUAUCGGGUGUAUGCUUCCCGUGGGGUGCCUAUGCUUCGAAUUUACGCGAGUUGACGCUGGGAUCCCAAUUGCCGGCAAGAGGCAUGGGAAUGGCCCCCGCAGCUACGACCGUCCCCGUUUCCGACGUAUUUCAUAGCAUAUCGCUCUCUUCUCUCGAGUCUCUGUCCAUUCACAACAUGUCAGACGUCACUAUCGUCAACGAUCUAGAGUCGAGGGCGCCGAUAGCUCUGCCUGCGACUCUCAAACAUCUCACGAUCGAGAACUCAUCGACCAGUUUCACCCUACCGAUCUGGUUCUCUGCACCACAACUCGACUUUGUUCGGAUCUACAUCGACACCUUUCGGCCUACGAUCACGAUGGACCAAUUUCAGGACGUGAUCCGUCAUGUCGAGACUCACAUAUCCCGCCUCACGUCAACGAUUGAACGCUUGAUCGUGCACUCUCCACCCGACCACUUCAUUAUAGAGAGCGACCGGACCAAGCUCAGUAUUCCUUCUCCGACGAGUUUCCGAUUCAAUCGCAAUGCACCAGCCGCUCGCAUUCUACUCGUGACGCCGCUCGAGCACUUGAUACGCUUGGAGUUAGGGGGCGGCAUCGAAUUGCCAAAACAAGUGCUCGAAACAAUCUCUACUCGCCUAUCGCAGUUGUCGAACCUUACGUUGUCGACGAGUCCGCAAACUAUAGCGGAUCUUUUCACUAUAAUGUGCGAUCAUAGUGCAGAGGGCGUGAGCUGUACUUCCGAUCCUGUGAUCAACACAGAGCAAUCCAUACAGCACCAGCCUGUUCUCCCGCUGCUCAGGUCUCUCUCUGUGGUGCACACGGAUUUCACCUGGAUUGCUAGCGACGGUACUCAGCUCUCGCUGUUCCUAGAGAUGGUACUCGCCCACAGGGUCAAGCACGCGCCACGUCUCGGGCCCGAGAGUUUAGAGAUCAAGUGGUGCGACGUCACAGAGGAGAUGGUCGAAUCCUGGACGAUCAACGAACGCGUGAACGUGUAUUGGGACGGAGAGACAGGCAGAUUUUCUCCUUCUAACCCGUCUUCGCCGCGGGGCCCGGUGUUGUGGGACUCGGAGAACGAGGAAGUUUACGAUGCGGGGAUCGAUCUGGACGCGUGA